AUGUACAAGUUCGUGAAUGAUGCUGUGGACCUUGUGAUUUUUGUAUGGGGGAGAUCUUCCCACUACAUGCUGUGUGAUUCGAAGUUGGCGCUUUGAAUAGAAGGGGGGUUUCCACGUGUGUUGGGCACUUGCACUACACGAUCACCGUAAUAAUAAAUCCAGCUGAGCUAGCUAGCUGUCAUCGUCGCAGUUCAUCAGUAGUCGUCACGUGUGGUACACUUGUGCGCGCUCUAGGUUUGAUCGCAAAUUCGAUCGCAAGAUCAAGACCGGCCGACUCAAGUUAAUUCCAUCACGGGCUGUCCGUGAUUCCAUCCGGCUACUGCCUUCUCACGCUCCAGAGAGGACUUGGCGAGGAUAUAGGCCCUACUCUCUUCCCACCGCCUGUGUUGAUACUCAGCUUGCUGAUCGAUCGAGUUUCAGAAAGAGUCCUGUUGUCCCACCAAGAUGGCUCGAUUUUCGGUUCUCUGCAGUGUCCUCGUAUUUUUGGCUCUGUUCAGCCGCGGAGAUGCGUGGUUGGAAUGGUUAUGGAGCUGGAACUCCAGCGAGGCACCCGAUCCGGACGUCAUGAGAAACGCGAGUGAGCUGAUCACAAGUAAAGGUUAUCCGUGUGAAAGGCACUUCGUGACCACCGCCGAUGGCUUCAUUCUGGGCCUGCAGCGCAUCCCGCACGGCCGCAACGAAACUGGUGUCCACUCGUCAACCGCCCAGGCAAUCAACGCCACUGAGCCAUCAACCAACACCACCAAGCGCCCUGUGGUCUUCCUGCAGCAUGGCCUGCUCUGCUCCUCCACCAAUUGGUUGACCAACCUGGCCAAUCAGAGCUUUGCGUACAUCCUGGCCGAUGCGGGAUUCGACGUGUGGCUGGGCAACGUCAGGGGCAAUGUCUACUCUAUGGGGAACACCCACCUGAGUUCUGACUCGAAUGAGUUCUGGGAUUGGAGCUGGGACCAGAUGGCUGAGUAUGAUCUGCCAGCUAUGGUUGACCUGGCCCUGGAGGUCAGCGGUCAGGAUCAGCUGUAUUAUGUCGGACACUCACAGGGCUCCCUCAUGGCAUUUGCUGGACUGUCCAAGAACAAAGAACUGGAAAAGAAAAUCAAAAUGUUCUUUGCUCUUGGUCCAGUGGCAACUGUUGGUCACAUGACCAGUCCACUGAGGUACCUGUCAACCUUUCUCCCGGAAAUUGAGUUUCUGCUGAACAUACUGGGAGUCAGAGAUUUUUUGCCGUCGUCUAAGAUUACCGAGUGGCUAGCUGCCGAUCUCUGCACGGGCGCCGAUGUGUGGUGUGAGAACAUCGUCUUCGUUCUCUGCGGAUUUGACAGGUCCAAUCUGAAUGAGGUAUUUGUUUUGCUAAACUGUUGGUCAGUCUGUCUGAGUCGCUGUGUCACUUUUUUCGUAUUGAUCCUUUCAAUCAAUUCCCUGAUCUACAGCGCUACCAACUCGGCCUAUCGAAGUGCUAUAGCAGAAGCAUUCUCCUUUCUGAACCUUGCUCACCACUGCAAAAGCCAAACAGAGCAAGUGUCACGGAAAGCAAGGGAGCAGAAAGAGUCGCUUGCUAUCGGACCAAAUGAAGCUGCCGCAGAUGCAGCAAAGGAGCAGAUAGAACUAUCUGCUAUUGGGCCAAAGGAUGCGAGUCAACAACUCGUACAUGUGCAGAUAGAACUGUCUCCAAUUGGGCAAAGGAAUGCACCUCAAGAUGUAGCGCAGGACCAAACUUGCCCAAAGGAUGCAGCUCAAGAACUUGUACAUGUGCAGAUAGAAGUGUCUCCAAUCAGGCCAAAUGAUGCGGCACAAAACCUAGUGCAGGACCAGAUUGGGUCGAAAGAUGAAGCUCAAGAACUUGAAGGGAUAGAUUUGUCUGCAAUUGAGCCGAAGGAUGCAGCUCAAGAACCAGCACAAGAUGGAUCUUAA